UGUUUGUUAUAUAUAGAUUUUUAAUUCUUGAAAGGCUUCAAACUUAUGAAACUCCUGUGUUGGUAACAUGUAGAUCAAGUGAUUACUCUUAAACUAGAUCAUUCUCAUGGACCGACUAGGUCCGAUCUUUGGCCGUAAUUCUUCUGGUCCUCCGGUUUUAUGGCAGUGCAUCAUUGAGUAUUUAUCAAGCUUCCCCGAGAUAGAUAUUUCCAUUAUAACCGGUCUGAUUGAAACAUCUCCGGCAGCACCGGAGGAUUUCGAUGAAAAUACGAAAGAGAGGGUUGCUUUAAAAUGUUUGGAGAAGUUAUUUAGUCCUGAAAACAGUCUUGGAAACGUCGUUCCUCCUGUUUCAAGAGCCACUUUUACUCCUUCGCUGAGCUGUGAUGCUGUUCUCAACCAAAUAAUGCAAGUGGUUCCAUUUCAAAAUCUAAAAAGACCUGCACCCAAGCUUUCGAAAUGGGAUGGCCAGUCCUUUAUUAAGCAUAAGAGAGACACCCUACCACAAUGUUCAUUAGAAAAGUUGAAAGAUUAUAUUUUCUGGGACGAUCCUGUUUCUCGUUUUGAUGAAAAUGGCCCUCCAUCACUGUCUGAUGGCGAUGAUAAAAAGGGUAACCAAGAGGGUAACUUGACUCCUCGAAUUAAUGAAAAUUAUAAUGAAUUGUUGCUUGGAAAAGAUUUAUUGCCCUCUAAGAGGUGUAGAGAUGACUUGGUUGCUGAAAAUCCAAUGGGAGUAGUCGGUUAUCCUCAAUUGAAUGCUAAAAGGUCCAAGCAGGAUGCUACUCCCUCUUGUACUAUUCAGUCGGUUGAGGAGCUUCCGAUUCACUUGUGUGCUGGUUCUGAACGGUUGGAAGAUGAAUCUCAAAGGAUUAUGAAAGUUACUGAAAUAGAAGGUAAUAACUUGAGGAAAGAUUCUCAGAUAGGUGAGGGUGAUAAAGAUUUAUGUGUUGCCUCAAGGACCCAUGGGUCAGUUGAUGCUGUUGGUCGUGUAGAACUGCUGGACAAUCAGAUGGAAAACGUUCAAAAUGACGAUGCUGAUGUGAUGGUCGAGCACAAGCAUGAAGAUAUAACUUGCCAAAAUGCUCCGACUGAUGAAUCCAAUCUCGUUGAAAAUGUUUCACUGCAAAAGGGUCCUAGUGGUGAUGUGGUUGUAGAUAUUGAUCAAGAUUUUACAUUAAGUUCCCCAAAUUCCAUCUCUGCUGAUGGAUUGCAACAAAAUAUUGAUCAUAAUGUGGAAAAAGCUGACAUUGUUCAUCCUUCUAUGGAAGAAAUAUUUGAAUUUGAAGAUGAGAUCCUUAAUAAUGCCUUGAAGAAGAACCUUUUCUUGAGUUCACAUCGCAUACCAAGUCAAGAUUCGAAUCAAAAAGCUGGCUGGACAGAAACGAGGUCUUGUGUCAAGUGUAACCAAAAUGGUCAGGUUUUGGUGUGCAGUGCUAGUGGUUGUCCACUUGUGGUCCAUGAGAGUUGCUUGAAUUGUGCUGCAAGAUUUGAUGAUAAGGGCAACUUUCUUUGCCCUUUUUGUGCAUAUUCUGUUUCCAUCUCUGAGUACAUAAAAGCUAAGGACAAGAUCAUCUUGGCAAGGAAGAAACUAGUUGCAUUUAUGAGGCUUAUAGGAAAAUUUGCUCAGGAACGGAGGAGGUUUCCGAGUCAUUCAACAUUAAAUGGCGAUGAUCAUCCAACCGCUGAAAACACUGAAACUGACCCUGUAAAUCAGGUAGAAGUUGAAAGAGAUGACAUUUUAAAGGAAGCUGUAAAGCCUCAGACAACAGACGCCUGUCAGGAGCUUGUCAAUAGUGAUGAAGAGGCGUCAUGUAUCGGUGCAAAUGACAAGUUAAUAAUAUCUAACGAUACUAAAGAACAUCAGACAAAGUUCUCAUUCACUCCAUCUCGACGAUCGAAGAGAAAGAUAAUUCCAUGGACAGAUGCUGAAGAAGGGAUGCUCAGGAAGGGAGUAGAGGAGUUUACACAGGGUGAUGGAACAAUUCCAUGGAAGAGAAUUUUGGAGUUUGGUUCCAAAGUCUUUCCCAAGAAUAAAACUGCAAGAGACCUGAAGAACAAGUGGAACAGAAUGCGCCAGGAUAGUAUGAAACUGCAACAGAAGGAUGAUGUCACAGCCCUGUGAUCUUGCAUGCAAGAUGAUGUCAUUUUGAUUUCUCAGUUUAGUCAAGGGAAUUAGGUACCUAGUUGUUAUCAGAUAGUGUAUUAAGGGUAAUUAGGAAGUUGGGAGUGGCAGUUUUGAUGACCCCCCCGGUUUUUGUGUCCCUGAAAUGAAAUGUUUUGUUUGUUUGGGGCUUUGAUGGCAUUGGGAAGCGAAUGAUGUUCUUUAUAGACCCAUCUAUAUUAAAUCUGGGGUAUCUCAAACAGUA